AUUAACUCAAAGUCACCUCGCAUCUUUACCCAAAUAUCUCCGAUCUCUUUAAGUUCUCUGGAAUUUAAAUUUCAAUCAAAACACAACUACUUUCAUCCUCCACGAGUUGCUUUUCGAACAAUCUUUGACAUUAUAACACCAAUGGAUAAGCUACAGAAGAUGAUCUCCGAGAAGUCGGUAGUGAUCUUUAGCAAGAACUCUUGCUGCAUGUCUCACACAAUCAAGACUCUCUUCUUAGACUUUGGCGUGAAUCCAACAAUCUAUGAGCUCGACGAGAUCAACAGAGGAAAAGAGAUAGAGCAAGCUUUGGCUCAGCUUGGCUGCAGCCCAACCGUACCGGUGGUGUUCAUAGGAGGACAGCUCGUUGGUGGAGCCAAUCAAGUCAUGAGUCUUCACCUUAAUCGCUCUCUCCUUCCAAUGCUUAAGCGCGUUGGUGCAUUAUGGCUUUAAUUAUGUAAUAAUCUGAAACUAUGUAUGAGUUAAUGCUAUGUCUAUCUAAGUUUUAAACAGAUAGAUUAUGCGGGUACUUAUUUUGUAAACUUUGGGAAUAAUUUAUUAUAAUAAAAUCAGCAACCGUUUGAUUUUUGCUAUG